AAAACGCCCACAGAGCAAUGGGCGACGACGCCCACAAAGCUGUCGAAGCCUGGCUCGGCGGCGUCGAGCUGCCUACGACCGCGUCGCCAAAGAAGCUCAGCUCGUUCCAGCGCCACCAGCUCAAGCAGAAGAACGAACUGCUGUACCUGCAGGCCAAGGUCGCCGAGCUUCAAGAGCAAGUCCGGGUCCUGAAAGAGUCGGCCGAGCUCACGGCCAUGAUCCAGCCGCCGUCGCUCUGGGAGCAGCUUGCAAAGCGGGAGCGCAAGCGCCGCCUCCAAGCCGUGCGUGAGAACGACAGGCUACAAGCCACCCUGCAAGACCAGGUCAAGUUUGCCGAGUCGCUCGCAGCGAUCGUGCGCAAGCGGCCGCGACUCUCGCUCUUUGGCGCCGCAUGCGAAAAGCCGUGGAAAACCGCAAGUCUUGGCGUGCGCCAUAGCCACCGCGUCACGACGGCCCAUGCGCUGUUGGACGAUGAGUAUGCAAAUAUCGACGGCGCGUACAUUGAAGCGCGGCUCGUCGACUCGACGCACGACCACCGCCAGUACCUCGCGCAUGUCGUACACGGCGCUGUCGAAGUGCACACAAUUCUGCAGUGGACGAUGCACACGGCGGUCGAGACUGCCUUCCGUUGUGUCUGGGACGUCAUUCGCGGCGCCUAUCCCGUUCGGAGCGUCGGUGGUGUCUACACGCUGCUCGAAGAGCUCGACGAGAGCACCGCGUAUGUGCACAGCGUGUGCCACUACACAGUGGGAACCAUGCUUCGGCGCGUCGUCAUGCGCCGGUACAUGGAACCUUCCGGUCGCUGCGUCAUCGUAGCGCGCAACGUCACGAGCGACGCGCUGCACCCGACCGAGCCGGGUCUUGACAUCUCGGAAGAAGUUUCUUGGCUCGUGCUCGAGCCCACUGGGACGGCGACUGUCGUUGCCAAGUACUUUCAAAAGUCCAAGCCAGCGUUCAAAGACUUUCGACCCGCCGAGAUCCAAGAACCGGAGAGCAAGUACCUCAUGGAGCUAUAUGGGAGCUACUGCGACGGUUUCAUUGCGACCAUGGAGAGCCUCGUCGAUGGCGACACGAGCGGCGGUAGCUCGUCUGAAGAGUCGCACUGACCCGUACUAGUAGUAUGUACAAGAAUGACUCAUGAGUCUGUGAUACCGCCUCCAAGUCAAGUCUGCAGAGCUCGGAACUGGGUCAUUUGGUCAUCGUGACGUGUCAGACCGCCCCGGCGAUUGCGAGGGACCACCUGCUAGCGCAAUCGCCUUCGGAACACGCCGGCAACAACGUGGAGCGUCUCAGGCAAGUAUCGUCGAGAGUCCAGGAGGCUGCCACGUAUGAGUAUGUCUGCGCGUGUCAAGCCUGUCGAUCGCGUCACGAAUCCAGUACGCGAUACUGUUAUAACACUGCUAUGUGAUUGGUCCGUUGGAUGCCUGGUGGGCGAC